ACUUAUUCUACAAUGAGUGCCAAAUCUACCAUCAGUAAGGAGAUUUUUGCACCUCUUGAUGAAAGGAUGCUGGGAGCUGUCCAAGUCAAGAGGAGGACAAAGAAAAAGAUUCCUUUCCUAGCAACUGGAGGUCAAGGCGAAUAUUUAACUUAUAUCUGUCUGUCAGUGACAAACAAGAAACCUACACAAGCAUCCAUCACGAAGGUCAAACAGUUUGAAGGCUCCACGUCUUUUGUUCGGAGAUCACAGUGGAUGCUUGAGCAGCUUCGCCAGGUUAAUGGUAUCGAUCCUAAUCGGGAUUCUGCAGAGUUUGAUUUGUUGUUUGAAAAUAGUUUUGAUCAGUGGGUAGCCAGCACAGCCUCAGAAAAAUGCACCUUCUUCCAGAUCCUCCACCAUACCUGCCAGCGGUACCUCACGGACAGGAAGCCAGAAUUUAUCAACUGCCAAUCCAAAAUCAUGGGAGGAAACAGCAUCCUCCAUUCGGCCGCUGACAGUGUGACCAGCGCAGUACAAAAGGCAAGCCAGGCCUUGAAUGAGCGUGGGGAGCGGUUAGGCCGAGCAGAGGAGAAGACAGAAGACAUGAAGAACAGUGCCCAGCAGUUUGCAGAAACUGCACACAAGCUUGCCAUGAAGCACAAAUGUUGAGAAACUGCCUAAGCUGGUGAUCCCUUAGGAGGAAUAGAAGAGUUUGUUCAGCAGUUUUUACAAGAAUUCUGGACCUCUGCUUGCUUCUUUUUUCCAACUUAUGGACAUUGAAGUUUUUUGGUUUUCUUUUUCAAAUGUUAAUACAAAAGAAAAAAAGUUGUGUUUAUACAUUUUCCUAAUGAUCUUGCUAAAAAUGCUACAUUCCCAUUAGCUUCA